AUGGUUUCGUUCAGUUCUCUGUUGGACUUCGUGGCGAUCGGUUGAGGUUGUGCGAUAUUUGCUUCGGAAAGGCAAAAUUUUGUUGGGAGAAGAGUGCAUUGGUCAAAAAAGUUUGGGUGAUAAUUGGUCUUGGUUGAUUUUUGUGCUUAUCGCAUGAAUAAGUUUGAUCCUGGAGAAAAAGUUGGUAAAAAGAAAAAUAUUUUAAAAAGUUGAAAAACAAAAGUGUCCUAAACAAGUGUCAAGGAAAUAACAUAAAACGAAACCAAAAGAAGAAGAGUGAGUUUGUGUAUCGUUUAUUUUCGGUGGUGGCGCGGGUCGAAAAUCGGAAGUGUACAAACAAAAUAGUGCAAAAAAAAGAUCACAAAAUCGGUAGGAAAUAAAAAAAUAAAACCAGCGGCAGUGGCAGCAGAGAAGACCGUGACGGGAAAAAUCGAAUUUUGGAUGAAAAUAAAACAACACAUGUAUAAAAACCGUUGAAAAGUGGAAAAUAAGAAGGAGCGGAGUUGCCAAGCCAAGUGGAACGCGCCAAAGAAUCAUCGAAAACGAUCGUGUGUUUAUGAGGAGGGGUUUGUGUGCAAUUAUCAAAGGUGAUUAUAAAGUUCUGCUUUGGUUAUUUGACAUCGCUCACUCGUCGAGUUGAUCGUGGUUGAUGUGCCAAAAUCAGCGAAACUCAGCGUUUGAAGAAAACAAGAAUACAGGAAAAAAUCGGCCGUGAUCAAGAAAAAGUGGAAGAAGAAAAGUCGCAAUCAAAAGUGAAUCGAGUAAACAUCUUGGAUUGAAAAGAGAAGAAGGAAAAAACUCACAGAUUUGGCACAGAUGUAAACAAAAGAAAAGAAAAAAAAGAGUGUUCGAAAAAGAAGAAGUUAAGUUUAAGUUGGUGGGUUCGCUUUGAUCGUGUACGGCGGUGAAUAGUGUGGCUACCGGCCGGAAGAUGUCCUCGUCGCCGCUGUUGACCAGCUACACUCUGCGCAUCCGGAGUGACACCAGUCCGGUGACGGCCACGGCCACUUUUACGGCCAACGGUGUACUGUGCAACAGCCCGGCCACCGUCGGGGAGUCGCUCAAAAAGCUGAGCCUGAACGACGCUUCGACGGCGAGCAAUAACUCGGGCGAGUCGACGGAUCCGCUGGAGUCGGAUUUUAGCGGGGCCGAGGAGGAGGAGGAAGAGGACGAGGAGGAGGACGGUGGACGGCGGUUCAGGGUCAUACAAACGGACGACGACGACGAAGAAGAAGACGAGGAGGAGGAGGAAGAAGAGGAAACAAAAACAGUAAACCGCACUAAGCGUUCGCAAUCCGAAGAGGACGACGAAGAGGAAGAAGAGGACGAGGACGAAGACAGUACAACAACCACAGACGACACCACUACAAACACCACCACAACUGGCAGAAACACAAACACCAACAACAGUGUCGUCCGGCGCAACAAUGCUCGAAGCCGAGACUCUUCUACUGACGAUGAUACUCGGAACAGCGACGCUAGCGACGAUGAUUCUGACGAUGUAUCUGAUCGGAAUAAUAAUAUCAGCGGAGUUCGUCGCAAACAACCGAAGGAGUAUGAUCUGGACGAUUUUCAGAUACUGAAAACUAUAGGAACCGGAACGUUUGGGCGGGUGUGCCUUUGUCGGGACAAAGUGACGGACAAGUACUGGGCCAUGAAGAUCCUGGCGAUGGCCGACGUGAUACGGUUGAAGCAGAUCGAGCACGUCAAGAACGAGAAGAACAUCCUGCACGAAAUCGACCAUCCGUUUAUCGUCAAUAUGCGAUGGCACGCCAAGGACGACUGCUGUCUGUACAUGCUGUUUGAGUACGUGAGCGGUGGCGAGCUGUUUUCGUACCUCCGGAACGCGGGUCGGUUUGACAACGGGACCGCAAACUUUUACGCGUGCGAAAUUGUGCUCGCGCUGGAGUACCUUCACCAGCUGCAGAUCGUCUAUCGGGACUUGAAGCCGGAGAACCUGCUGCUCGAUCGGGACGGUCAUCUGAAAAUCACCGACUUUGGGUUCGCCAAAAAGCUCAAGGACCGAACGUGGACGCUGUGCGGGACGCCGGAAUAUCUGGCACCGGAAAUCAUUCAGUCCAAGGGUCACAACAAGGCCGUUGAUUGGUGGGCAUUAGGCGUGCUGAUCUACGAGAUGGUCGUCGGAUAUCCACCCUUCUACGACGAUAAUCCGUUCGGCAUCUACGAGAAGAUCCUCAGCGGCAAGAUCGAGUGGUCGCGGCACAUCGAACCGAUCGCAAAGGACCUGGUCAAGAAGCUGCUGGUGCAGGACCGAACGAAGCGGCUGGGGAACAUGAAGAACGGAGCGGAAGACAUCAAAAGGCACCGAUGGUUCAAACACCUUGACUGGGACGUGGUGAUAAACAAGAAACUGAAGCCUCCAAUCGUGCCAAAGUUCGUGUUCGAGGGCGACACCAGCAAUUUUGACGACUACCCGGAGACGGACUGGAAGUCGGCCCGCUCGCUGGACAAGGUCGAGAUGCAGCUGUUUGAAGAUUUCUAAAUAUUUUAAAAAUAGUGAAUGAAACAUUAAGGGAAGAGAACAAAAGAGAGAGGUGUUUUGCAGACAUAAAUUGAUCCCCAAACUUCCCCUCAAAGCUAAGAAAAUGCGUUAAACCAACUAAGAAAUAGCUUUAAUAUUUAACAGAAGGGUUUCUAAACAUCUAAAUAUGUGUAAUGAUUGUCACACAAGGCACUCGAAAUGUAUUCAACUUCAAUGUGACUGGCAAAUAUUUCGUUGUAAAUAAUCAUUCGAUUCUGAAACAAAAAAAAACAAGACCAAUUAAUGUGAAACAAUUGAAUGAUCGCUAUCAAAAGUGUUAUCAAAAUUAAAGGAAAAAAUGUUUCUAAAUUAGGCAGUUUGUAAGUGAUGGUUAAGUUAGAUUUAUUUUAAACAACGUGUUGAGUUACUUAAAUUCCCCUCCAUAUCUUAAGCUAAGUUAUUUUAAACCCAAAACCAUAAACACAUACACACACACUCACUGUGAUAGAGAGAGAAAAGAGAGUUAAAAAGAGGGAAAGAAAAUCAGCACGCGCGUGCUCCAAUUCGAACUAAUCCGUGCGAGCGAUUUUGAAAACACGCGCAAAUCCUAGAUUUUAGUACUAAGUCCUUAGCCUAAGCCAGUGUCUCAGUUUGCCCGGUUUUUCGCGCGUUCCUUUCGCACAAAUUAAGCCUCAACCCAGCAGCUUAGCCAUAAAUCGCGAAAGGAAGUCUUGUUUGGAAUUUUAAGUUUUGUUUUAUUUUGCUGUUGAUUUUACUCUGUUUUUGCUACAACUACAACUAGACUAAAGCAACGUUCGACGUUAUAAUCUAGCUUCUUUGCUGUAAGGGAACGUUUUAGGCAACGUUUCAUGAAAUGUUAAACAAAAUAUCAAUAAUAUCUUACCGAAUAUCAAAAACUACAAAUCACUAAAGCAGAAAUAAAAUCAUUCAUACUUCAA